AUGACCAAACCUUCCACGGUCUGCGGUGUCAAAAUAGAUACCAUACGAUUGCUUCUCCGUGCGGUCAUUUUUAUAUCAAUUGCUGGAGCGGCCAUCUCCUCGCGUCUAUUUUCAGUGAUUCGUUUUGAGUCAAUUAUUCACGAGUUUGACCCUUGGUUCAACUUCAGAGCUACGAAGUAUUUGGUGUCCCAUUCUUUCUAUGAUUUCUUAAACUGGUUUGACGACAGAACCUGGUAUCCCUUAGGCAGAGUUACGGGUGGUACUUUGUACCCAGGGUUGAUGGUCACUUCAGGUAUCAUUUGGCACGCCUUGAGGGACUGGUUCGGGUUGCCUGUAGACAUAAGGAACAUUUGUGUGAUGCUUGCGCCAGCAUUUUCUGGAAUCACUGCGAUUUUCACAUACUACUUUACCAAAGAAAUGAAGGAUUCUAACGCAGGUCUUUUGGCUGCUAUCUUCAUGGGCAUUGCUCCGGGCUACAUUUCCCGUUCUGUCGCUGGCUCGUACGAUAACGAGGCUAUUGCCAUCACGUUGCUUAUGGCCACAUUCUAUUUGUGGAUUAAAGCCAUGAAGGUGGGCUCCAUCUUUUACGGGACCUUGACGGCCUUGUCGUACUUUUACAUGGUAUCUGCGUGGGGUGGCUAUGUCUUCAUCACCAAUUUGAUUCCUUUGCACGUAUUUGUCUUGAUCUUGAUGGGUAGAUACAACCACCGCUUGUACACGGCCUACACCACAUGGUAUGCCUUGGGGACCAUUGCGUCUAUGCAGAUUCCAUUUGUCGGGUUCUUGCCAAUCCGCUCGAAUGACCAUAUGGCUGCUUUGGGAGUGUUUGGAUUGUUGCAAUUGGUCGCUCUCGGUGCCUAUGUCCGUUCCAAUGUGCCAACUGCUCAAUUCAGGGUGUUUUUGACGGUUUCUCUUAUCUUAAUCACCCUUUUGGGUGUAGCUGGCUUGUCUGCUUUGACUGCCGCUGGCUGGAUUGCUCCAUGGACGGGUAGAUUCUACUCCUUGUGGGACACAAACUACGCCAAAAUCCACAUUCCUAUUAUUGCAUCUGUUUCCGAGCAUCAACCUACGGCAUGGCCAGCCUUCUUCUUCGACACCAACAUGUUGAUCUGGUUAUUCCCUGCUGGUAUAUUCUUCUGCUUCCAGGAGAUGCGUGAUGAACACCUCUUCAUCAUUAUUUACGGUGUGCUUGGCUCCUACUUUGCUGGUGUGAUGGUGAGAUUGAUGUUGACAUUGACCCCGGUUGUCUGUGUGGCUGCCGCAAUUGCCUUGUCCAAAUUAUUUGAUGUGUACAUGGAUGUGUCUGACAUCUUCAGCUCUCAACAAGAGGAAGAGGAAUUUACUGACAAGAAGAAGAAGACUCCUACUAUCAAGAAGAAUGCACCAUUUCCUAUCUUUAAAUUGCUUAGCAAAGGCGUUGUGUUGGUGUCAUUUGUAUACUACCUCGUAUUCUUUGUCCUCCACUGUACUUGGGUGACCUCCAACGCGUACUCAUCCCCUUCGGUCGUGUUGGCUUCUCGUAACCCUGAUGGAAGCCAAAAUAUCAUUGAUGACUACAGAGAGGCCUACUACUGGUUGAGAAUGAACACUCCAGAAGACGCUAAGGUUAUGGCAUGGUGGGAUUACGGCUACCAAAUAGGUGGCAUGGCUGACAGGACCACUUUGGUGGACAACAACACCUGGAACAACACCCACAUCGCCACUGUUGGUAAGGCCAUGGCUUCCAACGAGGAGACCGCGUACGAAAUUUUGAAAAAACAUGAUGUUGACUACGUGCUUGUCAUCUUCGGAGGUGUAUUGGGAUACUCCGGAGAUGACAUGAACAAGUUUCUCUGGAUGGUGAGAAUCUCUGAGGGUAUUUGGCCCGAGGAAAUUCAUGAGAGAGAUUACUUCAGCGCAAAAGGUGAGUAUAAGGUCGAUCUGGAGGCAUCUACAACGAUGAAAAACUGUAUGUUAUACAAGAUGUCGUACUACAGAUUUGCAGAGUUAUUUGGUGGAAGAGAGGCUCAAGACAGGGCACGUGGCCAGGUAAUUCCAUCCACCCCAAUCACCCUCGAUACCGUUGAAGAAGCCUUCACGUCGCAAAACUGGAUUGUCAGAAUCUACAAGGUGAAAGACCUUGACAACCUCGGCAGAGAGCCCAAGGCCGCCGCCGAUUUCGCCCGGGGCAGCUCAACAUCGAACAAGAGGGUGAGGGCGGUGAAGAAGCCAGCUUUGGAUUUACGGGCUUGA